AUGUCCACUACCAUUUGCCAAGUGAUGGGAUUUUUAGUGUCAGCUCUGGGUUUAGCAGGCUGCAUUGCCGCCACAGGGAUGGACAUGUGGAGUACCCAGGACUUAUAUGACAACCCGGUGACAGCUGUGUUCCAGUAUCAGGGGCUCUGGAGGAGUUGUGUCAGUCAAAGUUCGGGGUUUACGGAGUGUCGGCCUUAUUUUACAAUUCUUGGGCUACCAGCAAUGUUCCAGGCUGUGAGGGCUCUGAUGAUAGUGGGCAUUGUGCUAGGAGCUUUUGGCAUCCUGGUGGCCGUUUUUGCCCUGAAGUGUUUGCGGAUUGGCAAUAUGGAAGACUCAGCAAAAGCAAAUAUGACUUUAACUUCUGGAGUCAUGUUUAUUGUGGCUGGUCUGUGUGCCAUCUGUGGGGUGUCUGUUUUUGCCAACAUGCUUGUCACAAACUUCUGGAUGUCAACAGCUGGCAUGUAUCAAACAGGAUUGAUGCAGGUUCAGACAAGGUAUACAUUUGGUUCUGCCCUCUUUGUGGGAUGGGUUGCUGGGGGCUUGGCCUUGGUUGGAGGCAUCAUGAUGUGCAUUGCCUGCAGAGGACUCGUACCAGAAAAGACCCAUUAUAAGGCUGUAUCCUACAAUGCCUCAGGAAAAAAUAUCUCCUACAGGGCUGGAACUGGGUAUGAAAGCAAGAAGACUACAACACAUGAUAUUGCCAAAAGUGAGGAUGGGAGACGCUCCUAUCCUUCAAAAUAUGACUAUGUAUAG